AUGACGAUCUCAUCAUUAUCACUCUCUAAGGUUGUAAUAAUGCUUAUACUUGUUUCUUUCAAUCUCAAUAUUGGUAUGAGUGCUGAUACACUUCUUAAUCCUUGGGGGAAAGUUCAUGUGACCAUGAACAACAAACUGAACAAUACGCAGCUUGAUAUUCAUUGCAAGGAUAAACAUUGGGAUUCAAAGCCCCAAGUAGUUCCAAUUGGUCAAAGUUGGACUUUUCAUUUUCGUAACAACCCUUUUUCAAAUUAUUUGUUCUUCUGUAGCUUUGCUUGGGUAGAGGGGGGAAUAUUCGAAGUGCGUCGCUUUGAUAUUUAUGUGGCUGGACGUGACGAUGAUGUAUGCCAACAGUGUACUUGGGACAUCUCCGAAAAAGGUCCAUGUAGGGUUUCGGGUUAUGAGGCUCCUGCAUGUUAUGCUUGGAAACAGGAAAAUGUAUAA